GUGUAGAAUGUACGGGCACUUGAAUGUCAUGAUAGGUCUGGUACGUGCUGAUGUGGUUGAACAGUGAAAGAGAUCUUGCCUGUUUUUACCUGUACUGGUUGACGUCGUGAGUUCACCAGCCGACUGCAUGCAGUCAGAUAAACAAACUGCUCCGACGCGACUUGGUUCGCCUGUCAGGCGUCCUUGUGGACGAAGCUGGCAAAAACGAGCGCCUUUCUCUUGUUUUGAAUACUAGUACAGGGGAAACUAUCCGCCUGGCGUUUUAGUAGCACGUCAAAUUUGUUUUUGCCAGGCCCAAUUGAGUACCGAGUGCCGCGACGCCGACAGUCAAGUGCUUGUAACUAAGUUAGUUCUUCUCCACAAUUCUUAAUUUCUGCCGGAGCCUUUUCCAUUGAGAAAAGAGUAUAAUCUAGAAUCCGUGAAUCUGGAGAGGUUUGGAUUGCUGACGUGUAUCCCAGCGAGAAGAUUGAGCAUUGCUGCACUGUGGCUACGAAAUAUAUUCAGGAGUUUCACAAGCAGCUGAAGAAUGGUGUCAGACGAAGCUCAUGAGCUGUGGAGUCGCCUCGAGGACCUGGAGUUCUCUCUGAGAAAGACGUGCCCGUCCAACGUUGGCAAGGAGAACGCGCCGCUGAACCGCUACAAGGACAUCUUGCCGUACGACAAUUGCCGAGUGGUGCUGAGCCCCGCGGUGGGCGGCUCCGACUACGUCAAUGCGUCGCUGGUGCGGGCCCGCACGGACGGCAUGCCCGACGCCAUCGCCUCGCAGGCGCCGCACAACGACAGCGCCUUUGCCGGCUUCUGGGCGUGCGUCUGGCAGAACGGCGUGACCGCCAUCGUCGUCCUGUCCAACAUGAUGGAGAACGGGCGGGUUAAGGUGCACCGGUACUUUCCGGAUACGGUAGGACAGUCGGUGGAGCACGGAGCCACCGUCAUCACUCUCGUCGCCAAGGAGGCGAACGGCGAUGUGAUCACACGGCGCAUGUCACUGGCGUGCCAGAACGCGGUGCGCGACGUGGUGCACGUGCAGUUCACGGGCUGGCCGGACCGGAAGGUACCCGAGUCACCGUCAGUCCUGCUCUCUCUCAUCCGCCUGGUGCGCGGCACGUUGCACCGACAGCGCGUGUCCCCGCCGCCCGGCUCCAGCGUGCGACCAUCGCCACUGCUAGUGCACUGCUCUGCCGGCGUGGGCCGUACGGGCACCUUCCUGGCGCUCAUGGAGAUGAACAUCAUGCUGGAGCGCAACCCGGCGGCCGGCGUCGACAUCAUGGCCGUCAUCAGUCACCUGCGCCGCUGUCGCACCCGCAUGGUACAGACCAACGUGCAGCUCGACUUCCUGCUGGAGGCGCUCGCGCAUCUCCGGUCGUUCGGCACCUCGGCCGGUCGUGCGGCCGGUGCAUCAGGCGCAGCGAAGGGCGUCGGUGCCAGCAAUAGCCAGCACGCCAUGCAACUAUCCAACACAGAGCUGCAGCAGCGGCGUGCAAACAUGUCCCGUACCAGCGACGGCGCGGGUAAGCGUGGUCCUGUUCCCGCCGCCACCCCUGCCAGUUCCAUGUCCAAUGCAUACGCUAAGCCCAGCACAAACGGCGAGGACUUGUUCGGCAGCGAUCCGUUUGGCGACAGUUUUGUCCAGCUGGGCAGCUCGGCAGCACCGUCGCAGGCAAACGCCGGCGGAAAGUGGUCAGCCGCGACCGCUUUAUCGUCUGCAUCGACGGCCACGGCUGCUGCUGCUGCUUCGGAACAGGCGCACAGAAACCGUAGCUCGCCAUGGGACACGCCCGGCGUAUCUGGACUGCGCCCGCAGGCACGGGCAAGCGCGCAGCCGGGCGCGGGUUCUACCAGUGCCUUUGCGGCGUCCGACUUUGCCAGUCCUCCGUCCAGCCUUACCGCUACGUCCGCGGCGGCCGACCAGAGUGAGUCACUCAUCGCCCUGUGCGGUAGUCGCUCACAUUCCAUGACGGCUGCUCCUGGAUUAGGUGGCUUUCUGCCCACCAUUCCCAGUGCUACAAUGACGCUUGGUGGCGGUGGUCCUGUUGCUUCUUUGGCAAGUGAUACGACCCUAUUUUCUUCUACCAAUCAGUCGACAUCAUCAGCAGAUCCGUUCGCACCACAGCAGCAGCAGCAGCAGCCUCUGCAACAGACUUUCUCUCACAGCAACUUUUCUUCUCGCGGCAGCAACCCGGCUGCUCGGGACCUGUUCGACGCGGCCCCGUUCUCGUCUAUGCCUGCUCCUGUACAACAAGAGCAACAACAACAGCAGCCGCUGAGCAGUGGCUUUCCGGCACCUUCCACUCAGACUUCCAUGCCAUCCGCAUUCAGUAGCAAUCCUUCGCAAUCGAUGGGCAUGGGUACCAAUGCGUUUGCGUCAUCGUCCCACUUCCCAGCUGGCCAGCAGCAUAGCGUGUUUGGUUCCGCAGCACAGCCAGCGCUCUCUAACCCAGCCCUGUCCAGUCCCUACGCCCAGUCUAAUUCGCAGCAGUCGGGCCACUUGCCCCAGACGUCAGCAGCAUACAGCCAGGCCGGUUCGGCUCCGAAUUCCACCGGCAGCAUGCCGUUUCCCAGCGUGCAAGGUGCAGCUAACACCGGUUUUCCUGCCGUCAGCCAGCACCACAUGCAGCCACAACAAGCGCAGCAGUUUCCAACAUUCCAACAACCGCUGCAGCCAGAACAAUCCGGCUCUUUUCUACCCAGCAUUGCAGCGGCGACUAGUAGCCCUGCGUUCUUCCAGCAGCAGGGAAUGUCUGGAUGCCCUGCCAGUGGUGGUGCAAGUGCAUCCGCCUCGUUACCCGCUACCGGUCUGCCUUCCAUGCAGGCGUCGGGCAUGGCAUCUCCGCAGUUUGCACACGGCGUCGCUGGAUCUGCUGCUGCUGCUGCUCCAGCGGCGGCAGCCGUGGGUCAUUUCCCGUCUAGUCAGCGCACUCCGCAGACGGCGAAUCUCUUCUCCUCGAUCGGCACGGAUCCGUUCUCAUCGGCUGGCAACUCUCCCAUGUAUCCGCAGCAGCAGCAGCAGCAGCACUUAUCCUAUAGAGCCCCUCUCCAGGGAAACACGGGCUUCAGCAACGACCGGCAAGGAGGCGGCGGCAGUGGCUGGCAAGCAGCUGGCCAGACUUCAACCAACUUCCCUGCGGCGUCGACCGGAAACCCUUUCGGCGGUGUAUCGCCUGCAGCUUCGGCUGCUAAUGCCAAUCCCUUCUCUAUGGGCACUGGACAGGCAUCACCACACUCAGGCAUAAUGGCUGCCUCUGCUUUCCCCACUCCUGGUCACCAGCAACAACAACAUUAUCAACAGCAGCAACAGCAGCCGUCACAGUGGCCAGGCCAGUCGCCGAAUCCUCAAGACUCGCUGAAUCCGUUUGCAAUGCACAGUAUGUCUGGUGCCGGUGCCGCAGCAGCAUUGUCGCCGUCACCUGCCGGCCCCGUUGCUAAUGGAUACGGUGGCGGCGGCGGGAGCAUGACACUGGGUGGAGCUGCUCAGACUGUUGCUGCCGCUGGCGCUUUCCAGACGCAGCAACAGCAACAGCAGCAGCGCCGCUUUGCCAUGGCGUCCAAGCCCGUGUCCAGUAGCUCGGAUCUUCUUGGAGAGUUCAAUAUCGGCUCGAUGAAAUUAGUAUGAAGUGUUCGUCGCUGUUGCCCACUACUCCCCCUUCCCCUGCCAUGGUGGACAGCUACCAUUAUCACAGGAAUAACGGCACCAAAGCUUAGUAGUAAUGGCGGCAGUGGUGGUGGUGGUGGUGCCAGUUCUAGUUGGGUUUCUUUCAAUGGGCACUACCCCAGGCAGGCCAGGCCAGGAUACGGGCUGAUAUCAGCUCGACACACCGGCCGGCUAAUGCCUCUCCUGUGAAUGAUAGAUAAUAGUAGUUUCUUGCCGGCGCUUCUCCUUCUGGUUUUUAUGCUCUUCGAAGAUACGUUUCUCUUGCUUCUCUUCCGCCGCUUGCAUGCGGUGAUUACGUGCUGCUCUUUGUUUACCCAGGUUCUCUUGUCAUUGAUGUUAUUGACCUUUCUUGUAUUUGUAGUCCCUGGGCUAUCUUUUUUUUAAAUUAAAUUAUAAUCUAGUAUUUAGUGUAGCAUUUUAACCCAAUGGAAUUCGAAAGACACGGUAUCUUUAUUUUUUAUCGACACCCGCCUCCGGAAAGUGCCCCCGUCGUUUUCCCGAACAGACGUAUCCCCUCACACUAGAUUUUGCCAUUGCCCAUUUGCGAUCGACCUGCACGUUGCCUCUUCUUGAUUUUCUAAACUGCUUCUGUCCUCCGCUUUUUUUGGUGCGUCUGUUUGAGAUUGUGUAUGUCAAAGUGCAGCAAGAAUGUUUAUUAUUAUAUUGCCAGCAGCAAUGCCUGGGGGUCAGUCGUUAUCGUUUCUAUCUUCGUCUUCAGUCUUGUAUUAUUAUUAUUAUUAUUAUUAAUUUUUUAUUCGUUCGUCACUCUGUCAUAAUCAAUAUCGUUGCUAUUAUUAUUACUGUAGUAUUUAUCUGUGAUUUUGCAAGCACGCAAGGUAUAUUUUCACCAAGAGUACAUAACCCCCCAAGAGUGUGCAACUCCCACAUACCCUGCUGUCCCGACAGAACUUCAAGUUGACGUCAUUAUUUAUGAUGCAAUGCUCCUUCCACCAGUGA